AUGGCGGAGCGGAGAAUUUCCUAUGCUGUUGACGUCGAAAAUGGCGAACGUCACAACCGUGAAGCUGGUGAGGAGUCUAACCUCGAUGAGUACUCUGCCCUCAACCGCUACAUCUCGACUGCUCGCGACAACCGCCGUGGCUCUACCUCGAGCGCCGGUGCUCUGAGCUCUGGUGAGGAGAAGAAGAAGAAGUGGUGGCAGUUUGGCGGCAAGUCCGACGGUGUCUCCGAUGGCUUCGUCACUCCCGAUGAGUGGCUCGAGACCGACCUCCGUUCUGGUCUCUCCUCCAGCGACAUCGAGCCUCGUCGCAAGAAGACCGGCUGGAACGAGCUGGUUACUGAGAAGACCAACAUCUUCAUUCAGUUCAUUGGUUACUUCCGUGGUCCUAUUCUCUAUGUUAUGGAACUUGCUGUCCUCCUCGCUGCCGGUCUGCGUGACUGGAUCGAUCUUGGUGUCAUCUGUGGUAUUCUUCUGCUCAACGCUCUCGUCGGUUGGUACCAGGAGAAGCAGGCUGCCGAUGUCGUUGCUUCUCUCAAGGGUGAUAUUGCUAUGCGUGCUCUCGUUGUCCGUAACGGCCAGGAGGAGGAGAUCCUCGCUCGUGAGCUCGUUGCUGGUGAUAUUGUUAUCGUCGAGGAGGGUACCGUUAUCCCUGCCGAUGUCCGCCUGAUUUGCGACUACAGCAAGCCCGAGAUGUUCGAUGCCUACAAGGAGUACCUCGCCAACGCCAACUCUGAUGAUCUCAAGGAGAAGCACGGUGAUGAUGACGAUGAUGAGGGUGAGGUUCACCAAGGUGUUUCUCUCAUUGCUUGUGAUCAGUCUGCCAUCACUGGUGAGUCUCUCGCUGUCGACAAGUACAUGGCCGAUGUCUGUUACUACACCACUGGUUGCAAGCGUGGUAAGGCUUACGGUAUCGUCACUGCUACCGCUCGUCACUCCUUCGUCGGCCGCACUGCCGCUCUUGUCCAGGGUGCCUCCGACUCCGGUCACUUCAAGCAGGUCAUGGACAACAUUGGUACCUCUCUGCUCGUUCUCGUCAUGUUCUGGAUUCUGGCCGCCUGGAUUGGUGGAUUCUUCCGUCACUUGAAGAUUGCCACCCCCGAGGACAACGACAACAACUUGCUCCACUACACUCUGAUUCUCCUGAUUAUCGGUGUUCCCGUCGGUCUCCCCGUUGUCACCACCACCACUCUCGCCGUCGGUGCCGCCUACCUUGCUGAGCAGAAGGCUAUUGUCCAGAAGCUUACCGCUAUUGAGUCCCUCGCUGGUGUCGACGUUCUUUGCUCCGACAAGACUGGUACCCUCACUGCUAACCAGCUUUCCAUCCGCGAGCCCUUCGUCUCUGAGGGUGUCGAUGUCAACUGGAUGAUGGCCGUCGCUGCUAUUGCCUCUUCCCACAACAUCAAGAACCUCGACCCCAUUGACAAGGUCACUGUCCUUACUCUCCGUCGUUACCCCAAGGCCCGUGAGAUUCUCGCCCGCAACUGGGUUACCGAGAAGUACACUCCUUUCGAUCCCGUCUCCAAGCGUAUCCAGACUGUCUGCACUUGCGAUGGUGUCCGCUACAUCUGCUCCAAGGGUGCCCCCAAGGCUAUCCUCAACAUGUCCCAGUGCUCCGAGGAGGAGGCCAAGCUCUACCGUGAGAAGGCUUCCGAGUUCGCUCGUCGUGGUUUCCGUUCUCUCGGUGUUGCCGUCCAGAAGGAGGGUGAGCCUUGGCAGCUUCUGGGCAUGUACCCUAUGUUCGAUCCCCCCAUGCUUACUGGUGAUGCCAUCGCUAUUGCCAAGGAAACUUGCAAGAUGCUUGCUCUCGGUACCAAGGUUUACGACUCUGAGCGUCUGAUCCACGGUGGUCUUGCUGGUUCCGCCCAGUACGAUCUCGUUGAGAAGGCUGAUGGUUUCGCUGAGGUUUUCCCCGAACACAAGUACCAGGUCGUGGAGAUGCUCCAGCAGCGUGGUCACUUGACUGCCAUGACUGGUGACGGUGUCAACGAUGCUCCCUCUCUCAAGAAGGCCGAUUGUGGUAUUGCCGUUGAGGGUUCCACUGAGGCCGCCCAGGCCGCCGCCGAUAUUGUCUUCCUCGCCCCCGGUCUCUCCACCAUUGUCGAUGCUAUCAAGCUUGCCCGCCAGAUUUUCCAGCGCAUGAAGGCUUACAUCCAGUACCGUAUUGCUCUGUGUCUUCACCUCGAGAUCUACCUGGUUACUUCCAUGAUCAUCAUCGACGAGACUGUUGACUCUUCCCUGAUUGUCUUCAUCGCUCUGUUCGCUGAUCUUGCUACCAUUGCCGUCGCCUACGAUAACGCUCACUUCGAAGCUCGCCCCGUCGAGUGGCAGUUGCCUAAGAUCUGGGUUAUUUCCGUCGUCCUUGGAGUUAUGCUUGCUGCCGCUACCUGGAUCAUUCGUGGUACUCUCUUCCUUGCGAACGGUGGUAUUAUCCAGAACUUCGGUUCUCCCCAGGAGAUUCUCUUCCUCGAGAUCGCUCUUACUGAGAACUGGCUCAUCUUCGUUACCCGUGGUGGAAAGACCUGGCCAUCGUGGCAGUUGGUUAUUGCCAUCUUCAUCGUCGAUGUCCUUGCCACUUUGUUCUGUGUCUUCGGAUGGCUCGCUCCCGACUGGAAGCAGACCCACCCCCACGACCCUGCUGGUCCUGGCUUCUCCAAGAACAACGAUGUUGACAUUGUUACCGUUGUUGUCAUCUGGGCCUACUCCAUCGGUGUUACUGUCAUCAUUGCCGUUGUGUACUACCUCCUGACCAUCAUCCCCGCUCUGGACAACCUCGGCCGCAAGACCCGCUCCAAGGCCGACACCAAGAUCGAGAACAUGAUCGCUCACCUCUCCAAGCUCGCUCUCGAGCACGAGAAGGACUCCGAGGGCAAGUCUCGCUACGUCAUCGGUGCCCGCGCCGAGGAGAUCGAGGACGAGUAA